AUGGCCUUCACCCUUUACUCGCUGCUGCAGGCUGCUCUCUUCAUCGUCAAUGCUGUGGUCACCGUCACGUGUGAUGCAGUUGGCUGGGGAAGUGAUCAAGGGAUUGGAGGAUUUGGAGAGGAACCAGGAAUUAAGGCACAGCUAACGAACCUUAUCCGAUCUGUACGGACCGUUAUGAGAGUGCCAUUAAUAGCAGUGAACUCCGUUACAAUCAUUCUCCUCCUGUUGUUCGGUUGAAGAUACUUUUGGACAUC